UAUGGAGAAGAGCCAGUAUGGACCCCCGCAGGACGUGCCUGCUCCCCCCUACUCCGGCCUCCCAGCGGGCUACCAAGGAAGUGGCGGGGGAACAGCCUACCCCCCUCAGCCUGGCUACCAGGGAAGUGGCGGGGGAACAGCCUACCCCUCCCAGCCUGGCUUCCAGGGAGGUCCCCAACCCGGCAUGUACCCACCACCUUCCCAACCCGGCAUGUACCCACCACCUCCCCAAGCCGGCACGGGCAUGGCACAACCUACAAACGCCCCCAGUGUAACCCAGGUUGUGGUGAUGCAGCAGCUGCUGCCUAGAGACGUACCCGGCCAGAUGACGUGUCCCCACUGUCAGGUCCAGGUUCUGACAGAGACCACACACACCCCUGGACUGCGCACCUGGGUCAUCUGUGGAGUCCUCGGCGUCUUUAUGUGCUGGCCAUGCUGUUUGAUUCCGUUCUGUGUUGACUCCUGUAAGGACGUAGAACACCGCUGCCCCAACUGCAAGAGAGUGAUCCACAUCCACAAACGCGAAUAG